UUGUCAGAUCUGUUGUCAGAAGACAACAUGAAUAUGAAUCAUUUCUGUUGAUCCCACACAAAAAUAUAUUGCAUGUCUGAGUCUGACAGUGAAAGUGACUUCAAUUCCGUAACUGAAAAAACAAGACUGAUGGACGGUCAUGUUGCAACAAACAGCGGAAAUGCAGGUCCUACAGAUAUCAGAAACUCUCAAGAAGUUUCCAGGAGAAAGAAAACAAGACGGCAUGAGAGCGACGUUGAGGAACAGCCCAUGGAAAAUAAUGUGGGUGGAGGCGACGAGCCUCAUACAGAUUAUGUUGUAGCCAGUUCUAGCGUACCUCCGGAUGAGGAGGAGGAACUGAAGUACGGGGCGAAACAUGUCAUUAAGUUAUUUGCCCCCGUUUCAUUAUGUAUGGUUGUUGUCGUUGCUACUAUAAGUUCGGUCAGUUUCUAUUCCAUGAAAGACAUGUAUUUGGUUUAUACACCGUUCCAUGAAGAAAGCCCAGAAUCCAGCACAAAGGCAUGGAUGGCCGCUGCAAACUCUUUAAUUCUAAUGGCUGUAAUAGUCCUCAUGACCGUACUUCUGAUUGUAUUAUAUAAAUACCGUUGUUAUAAAACUAUUCACGGAUGGUUAAUUAUAUCUUCUUUGAUGUUAUUAUCCAUAUUUUCGUACCUGUAUUUAGAGGAAAUAUUACGAGCAUUUAAUAUCCCAAUGGACUAUCCUACCCUUUUGUUUAUCAUGUGGAAUUUUGGCGUAAUGGGAAUGAUAGUUAUUCAUUGGCAAGGACCGUUGCUUUUGCAACAAGCUUAUUUAAUAUUUGUUGCGGCUUUGAUGGCACUGGUUUUUAUCAAGUAUUUACCAGAAUGGACCACGUGGGCAGUACUUGCUGUCAUAUCUAUUUGGGAUUUAAUCGCGGUGUUGAUGCCAAAAGGUCCUUUGAGGAUUUUAGUCGAAACAGCACAAGAAAGGAAUGAGCAAAUUUUUCCUGCACUAAUUUACUCUUCAACUUAUAUGUAUGCUUACACGAGUAUGGCAAGCGGAGAUGAAGUGCCCAACGUUAGGACGUCUCGAUCAAGUGCAGAUCAUGGCUUUACGCAGGAGUGGGUUGAAAAUCAUGCCGACAGAUUUGCUCAGAGACAAAUAGAAGUGCACGAUGUGCCCAGUGGACGUCCACGGGUACAAGUGGUUGCUGCUUCAGAGGAAGAAGAACGUGGUGUAAAAUUGGGAUUAGGAGAUUUCAUUUUUUAUAGUGUUCUAGUAGGAAAAGCCUCUUCCUAUGGAGAUUGGAAUACUACUUUGGCCUGUUUUGUAGCAAUUUUAAUUGGUUUGUGCCUUACAUUGCUGUUACUGGCAAUUUUCAAAAAGGCUCUACCAGCACUACCCAUCUCCAUCACAUUUGGCCUCAUUUUUUAUUUUGCUACCAAAGAAAUUGUCAGUCCUUUUGCUGACAGUUUAGCUAGUGAACAAGUAUUUAUUUAGAUAUAUGUAUUUAAACCAUUCCCUUUGUUUUAACAUUUAAAUUGAACUAAACCACCAACUCAUUCAAAUCUUUACUAAAAAGUUAAUAAGCUCCUAUGUAUAAGAAUUUUUAUUUAAUAAAAAUAUUUAUGCUU